CUCUCCUGUGUUGGAACACUUAAAGCUACUGCUUUAACCCUUACCAUUACAAAGUACUGACACUGGAGACUCCUUCCAUAGGUGUUGAAUAAAUAUCUCCUCACAGAAAGCUUCGCCAUAUCAGCAUCUAUCCCAUCCAUUUUCUGUAUCGCUUAUCCUACACAGUGGUACAGGGGAGCUCAUCCCAGGGAACUCUGGGCACAAGGCGGUGGGAUACCCUGGACGGUGCCAACCCAUCGCAGGGCACAAUCACACACACAUUCACACACUUCAGACAAUUUGGAAAUGCCAGUCAGCCUACAAUGCAUGUCUUUGGACUGGGGAGGAAACUGGAGUACCUAGAGGAAACCCUCGAAUUAAGGGAAGAAGAUGCAAACUCUUCACACAGAGGACGGAGGUGGGAUUCGAACCCACAACCCCAGAGGCUACUACUAGCAGUAUCGGACGCAGUCGUGUCAACCAUGGCCCUGAUGCACCUCAGGAUAUUCAUCUUAUUCUUGUAUUUUGUGUUCCCUAUACUAUGUGGUGGUGUUUUGCAUGUGCAGAAGAGAGACUGGAUGGGAAAUCCACCUGCAGAAUUCAUCGAGGGAGAUGUGGAGUGCUUCUCUGAAUAUAUGGAACUGUGGAUCCACAGAAUGAGAACUGAAGGGUUGAGACUCUGGCUUUCAGCAAUGCUGAGGAUUCAAGUCACUCUUGGGUCUCUGGAGAUCUUAAACCAUCAGCUGUCAGCAUGUGGCUUUGGCCUGCAUAAAGAUCCUGACAGGAACUACAUCUUCAGAGUCAUGUACAGUGGGUGCUUUGUCCAACAAGAGCAUGGCCAUUAUGUGAUUGUAUUGAACUUGGUGAAGAGAAUAAGCCGCUUUGGAGGCAGGACACAUAAUUAUGUAAUGAAAUGUCCUGUAGUACCAGCGCCACCCAACACAGAGCAUAUUCAGUGUGACCCUGAUUUCAUCCAGGUUACAAGACAGAUCCCAGUGGAUAGCUGGAACAGUGAGCUCAGAUGGUCUCUUGCUUUGAGAGGGAGUCUGGUAGUGGCGCUGGAAGAUGCUAGUCUGAUUCAAGUAAAUGUUGACAUUCAGAAGCCGCUCAUUACUGUUCAAGGCAGGAGGAACACAGUUCUCAGUCCUGUGCAGGUUCUACAGACUGAGGGCCAGUUCUUACCUCUUAAGUUGGUCAGUGGACAAUAUGCCUAUAGCAUGGAAGCCACUUGUCCAAAUAUGAUUCAGCACUCAUCUGAGGACACAGUGCUGCACAUUUACAAACGCCGCAUGGGAUUGACUAAGAGAGGAGGUUACGACAAUGAGACCCUGUCAAUCAGCAGUGUGUCUAUAAACCAGACAGACACAUUUACCUGGUCUGAGACCACCAGCUUUGUGAAGCUCAUCGUUCCCACUGCGCUUAUUCAAAAGACAAAGAAAUGUGCUGACAAGGAGGGUGAGAAUCUCCAACAGUCAUUCUUCAGAAUAGAUGUUGUGCUCACUUUUAAAGAGACAAAUAACAGAAUGUUCUGGACGAUGGAGAACACGUCACCAUGCUCAAAUGAUCACAUUCCUUCAGUGACAACUCAUCCCUCAGUAACACCUAAAUCUCCUGUGACAUUUACUGCUUUAAACCCCACACUCGUCAAUUCAGUCACAGAAGAGCCACUGCUUUUGCCCAGCACGAAGCCCCAGACGUCACCCGGGACCAUUGAAAAAGGAUUUAGCAAGACUAGCACGGUUCUUCAAGCUACUAGGGUACCUGGAGUGGUAUCAGGAUCUCCAUGGAGCACUGGUUCAGGAGACAGUGAUACACGUAAUGUGUUCAGAACCACCUUGUUCAAGGCAGAUACUAGUACUGAUGAUCUAAAUCUUGAUUUUCCUGGGAAUCUUGUUUUAACAACAUCUCUUAGCAUGGGGUCAGAUGCAACACUGGUUAGUUGAUCCAAUCCUUCAUUUAGUCCUCACCCUGAACAAGUCCUGGACUUGACUAAUGCCAGAGAAACAUCAGCAGGCAUGCCAUCUCUGACAACCACGGACAAUACUGUAAGGUCGAACACAAAUAGUAAGAUUAGCGAAGCUGUACUUUUCACUACAUCUCAUUCUGAGACUGAAACCAAGUGGAGCCCUGUGACAUUGUCACUUUAUUUAGAGAGCACUAGUACUAAUAUCAUUCCAAAUACUGUCUCAGAUGUCACUUUAAACACUCCACCUGCAUCCCUGACACCCCUCUGAGUACAUAAGAGUCGCUUGACCAUCCCUGUCGCCCCACAAACUGAUAUUACAGUCCUGAAUAAGACCACAAUUAUUCACACAACACAUGAAGGCACAUCUGUUUAGCCAGAGAUUGUUACAUUACCAAGCACAUAGGUCGUAAAAGCAGGGCAAAGGCGAUAACACCGCUGUACUUGCUUCAUACUUUCACUGCACCAGAGAACAAAACUAUGUUCCAGAAAUGAGAUUCUUUCCUUCAUUCAUCUGAGGAUAAUUAUGCCAGCUACUUUACCUACCAACAUGUUUUUAUGAAAAACUCGUGCUAUCGUGGGGAGAACAUGCAAAACAUAGUAUCGAACCCUGGAGCUGAGAGGCACCAACGGACCUGUUCUGCCAUUGUGUCACCGUAAAUGAAAAUCAGCCAAAGACAAAGCAAAACGGCAACUCUGAUACCUGUUACCAUGGAGCAAUCAUAAGAUAUUAUAUAUAUUUGCCUCUGGGUAAAUGAGUACAAUGUCUGAGUGUUGUCUUUGACAGAAAACAGGAUCCUGCAGUGGCACCGCCCCGAGGCAUGAUAUACAGUAACAACCAUAAAGCCUUUUAGCUUUCAAUAAAUACCACUUAGAUGUGAGUUUUGUGUACUACAUAGAAUGGAUUGUUGUUGUAUUUAUAUAAAAAAUGAAGUGUGCAUACAUAAAAAUAAAAGUCUCUGACACGUAUUUGAAUAAUGCACACAUCCAAAGUUAUACACGGCAAUCUGAUAUGUAGUGUGAAGAGUUGCAGUAGCUUUCAGUUUAUCUGCUUCUUUUUAGGGGUUUUCAGCUAAUGUAAAUGUUGUGGUUUUUAAAAAUGCCAAAUAUUUAUUUUUGUUUUGUUCUUUUCAAG